AUGGAAUGUAUGGAGCUCCUCGUCCUUUGUGCCCUGUGGCCAAUGACUUCGAUUGCAUUUUCUACCUUCUACUCCCCCUACACAUAUUUGGGCACGGCUCAGGAGGAAUAUUUGGCGUUCCCCCACCAGGCCAUCACAACAACUCCGAACAAUGGGCUCGUGCUAGGAGGCACAACCACAGGAGUCUUGGACAGUACCUAUGGAAAUGGCGUCGAUGAUGCUUUCGCUGUGCAUGUCUCGACACCAGGCUUGACCGUUACAGGUUUGAACAGCGGAUAUGUACAAAUCUACGCGACGGAAUCCAGCGAAAAAAAUGCCUAUGGCUUGGCGGUAGCAUAUUCGUCAAGAAGCAAUCUUAUCAUCCUUGCCGGAUACACCGAUGGUCACAUGCAGCCCAGUGCCAACUUUGAAGGCUCCAAUACUUGUGAGUAUUCCAGCUGUACUCAAGAUGCAUGGGUUGCCGUAUUCAAUUAUGAAGGGGCCAUCCAGUGGGGGAAGCAAGCUUCAUCUGGUCGCGAUAACAUUUACCAAGCCUUUCCAUCCUCGUUCUAUGACCGCUUUACAGCUGUGGCUGUGAAUGGAGAUCAAAUCUGGGCAACAGGAUACACGUCUCACGCGAUCACCAGCAGCCACACCAAUCAGGGUGGUGAAGAUAUCAUCAGGUUUGUGUGGUCAGAGAGCGGAAGUAAUAUCAACAAUUUUCAAGAGGGAAGCUCUGGCAACGAUCGCGCAUUGGGAAUCCAGUUCAAUAGCAACCAAGAGCAUUUCGUUGGUGGCGAGACAACUGGCGAUUGGGGAAAUGGAAAUGCAGGCGAUUGGGAUGUCUUGCUAAUUAAGUACGGCCAGUCCGGUACACAGGAAUGGGCCAUAACCUAUGGAGGUUCCGCUGAAGACGGAUUUGCUGCAAUGCAAAUCAGUAGUGCCGGUGACAUUUACAUUGCAGGAAAUACCAAAGGCACCUUGGAUGGUGCACAUGCCGGUGGCACGUAUGACUAUUUUCUCACGAAGUUUCGUGCGUCUGACGGCCAAAGGGAAUGGACAGUGCAACGCGGAACUUCGUACUCAGAGACAGUGCAUGGACUAUGGAUUUCUCAAGCAGGCAACUUCUUGUUGGCCGGUACCAUUGGUUGGGGCCAGUCUGCUUCGGUCAUAAUGGAUGGACAAUAUGGAUUUGGCUACACAGAUGCUUUCCUUGUGGAGCUCACAGGUGGCUCAGGAGUACCAACGUGGUCUUCCACCGUGCUCCACGGAACCGACACCUAUGACACAGGACAAGGUGUGGUUCAAGUCAACAGUGGCAACAUAUAUUUGAUUGGGCAGACAAGAGAUGCCUCCAUCCAUGGCACCAACCCAUACGUCAACACUGGGGACGAUAUCUUCAUCCAGGAGAUCACAACGACUACGACUACAGGAACGAGCUUAACUGUCACGACAACAUCGUUGACCUCGAUCACCGCUACAACUACCUCUGCAACAGUGACGACUUCGACAUCAUCGUCAAACACGCUGACAUCGACGACAUCAUCAAGCACAACAACAUCGAGCACAACGACGUCGAGCACCACUACAGCAAGCAACACGACAUCAAGCACCACGACAACAACGACGUGGACAAAUACAAGCUCGACUGUCUCGAAGACUACUUCAACAUCAUCAACCUACACAAGAACAUCAGUGACGUCAACAUCACACACUCUGACGGUUUCAACGGAGACUCUGACUUCAACCCUUUCCACCACAAGCCGGUCGUCGAGUGAAACCGCAACCACCUCAAGCGUAACUUCAACCACCUCAAGCGUAACUUCAACCUCAACUGGCUCAACCACCUCAACAGCAACAUCAUCAAGCAGUACCACCAGCUCCACCAGCUCCACAAGAAGCAGCACCACGGCAACUGAGAGCAGCACCUCAAGCCUCACAAGUAUCACAUGGAGCAACACCCUCACAACCUCCACAUGGAGCAGCAGCGCUACUACGACUCAGUCUCAGACCACUUCGGUUCUUGUGGAUUCAGGUAGACCUGCACCAAUUGCCACAUCAGACAUCGCUCGAAAACAUGUUGACAUUCCAAGAUCAAGUGGGAAUUACUAUGGGGUUGAUGUCUCACGCUUUUCGUCUUUCACUGGACAUCAUUGGACCACAUACAACCCCAGGAGGUGGGACAUCUGUUGCAGCGACGUUUGCAACCACGACCGUCACGACCGCGCCAAGCAGCGCUGUUUGCAGCAGUUUGCCUUCUGGUCAAGGAGUGCUUGCCGGUGA